GCAGCCUGAUUGAUGUUUUUCUCUGUUUCUGGUGCUUUUGUUUGCUUUCAGUCAUAUUUUAAUUGAUUGAGUUUUGGAGGCAAAAAUGACUAUCCUCAUUGAGCAGCCUGAUCAUCAGCUUGGGUCACAAAUGGAGGAGAAGAAGCUUUGUUCUGAAUCCAAUGAAACCUGUGAACUGGUUUUGGAUGGUGGGUUUGUGGUGCCCAAAGACAUCUCCAAAAAUAACGGAUGUGUGACACAAAAAAUUGCAGCAUCAAAUGAUGCCUUCAUUGCCCCUGAAAUUAACUCAUUUGGCCAGUCAUUCAGGGAUUACAAUGCAGAAAGUGAGAGGCAGAAAUCUGUGGAGGAAUUCUACAAGUCGAACCACAUCAAUCAAACAUUCGAUUUCGUGAAGAAGAUGAGGGAGGAGUAUAGCAAGUUGAACAGAGUGGAAAUGAGCAUAUGGGAAUGUUGUGAGCUCCUGAAUGAGGUUGUGGAUGACAGUGACCCUGACUUGGAUGAACCCCAAAUUGAGCAUUUGUUGCAAACAGCUGAAGCCAUCAGAAAAGACUAUCCUAAUGAAGAUUGGUUGCACUUGACUGCCCUUAUUCAUGAUCUUGGAAAAGUGCUUCUUCUUCCUAGCUUUGGAGAACUUCCUCAAUGGGCUGUUGUUGGAGACACACAUCCUCUUGGGUGCGCUUUUGAUGAAUCCAUUGUUCACCACAAGUAUUUCGAGGAAAAUCCGGACUACAACAAUGCUUCCUUUAACACUAUGUACGGGAUCUACUCAGAAGGAUGUGGACUGGACAAUGUCAUGGUAUCUUGGGGUCACGAUGACUACAUGUACUUGGUGGCUAAGGAAAAUGGAACAACUUUGCCUCAGGCUGGAUUGUUCAUCAUCCGGUAUCACUCGUUUUAUCCUUUACAUAGGGCAGGGGCUUAUAGACACCUUAUGAACAAGGAGGAUGAAGACAAUCUAAAGUGGCUUCAAGUGUUCAACAAAUAUGACCUCUACAGCAAGAGCAAAGUACGAGUUGAUGUCGAAAAAGUGAAGCCAUAUUAUUUAUCCCUCAUUGAGAAGUAUUUCCCAGCAAAGCUGAGAUGGUGAGCCAUGAGAGUUUUCAACAUGAUCAAUAUGUGUAGUAAGGAGAAGAUCAAGACUUCAUUUGUUCAGUGAUGUACAAACUGUUGGUUAAAGAAGAGGCGCCCUGCUCCCUCCAGCUACUUUUUGAUGAGUUGUAUUUUUUAUUUAUUUACAUGUUUUAAGAAAUGUAUUCUUGUGCUGCUGCGCUGCGCACACCAAAAUUCAUGAACGAAUUUCCCUAAGUUCCAUUCUCACUCA